GAGCUUGAUGCUACUUUUAUACACACGGGCAGUGCAUGAGACAGCUGGAAAUACAAGCACGCACACGCAUGCAUACACUGUGUCAUACCAACCACCGCAAAGCUGCUGUCAUGUGGACGGGACGUUUGUGUUUUGGGUCAGGAGGUUUUCCCGGUGAGGAAAACAAGUGCACGGGCCGGGCUCGUUAACGAUGAUUAACUUGACGACGUGACGAGGCGGAACUUGCCCGCCGACCCAGCGGCACAGACGCCAGGGGACGACAGCAAGGCGUUUCCAUCGGAUGAUACUGUCGCAAACUUUGUAACGCUGUCGCAAACUUUUAAAGGAGCAAAAGUUCGAAGGACCAUGGUUGCAGGUUCGGUUUAAACGUCCGCUCGUCUAACAAGUGGAUUUCCGUCGACUCGUCAUGGAGGAGCGGGAAAGGGAGAGCUCCUACACGGACGCCUCCGUGGCGGAGAGCGGCGUCAUGCUGGUGGUGAAUCCGAGCCGAGUGCGUCCUCCGUUGAGUGUGGUGCUCGCCACGGUGCUCUACUGCGCCGAGUUUCUCAACGCCGCCGUGCUCUGUGGAGGAUACAGCCGCACCGACGACGUCCACUGGCUGGGCUUCACCAUCGCCUUCAUGCUGCUGCCCGCCGUCCUCAUCCAGAUGACGCUCAUCUUCAUCCACAGGGACGUGGGCAGGGACAGGCCGCUGGUCCUCUUCCUGCACCUGCUGCUGCUGGGGCCCAUCAUCAGGUGUUUUGACGCCCUUGUGGUCUACUUCAAAGCUGGAAAGAGAGAGGAGCCUUACGUCACCAUCACCAGAAAGAUCUACCCGGGGAGGGGUGAGAGGACAUGGACCGAGUACGAGAUCAGCCGAUCGGAGCGCAUCCUGGCCACGCACAGGAACGCCUUCAAGCGCACCACCGUCAUCCAGGCCUUUCUGGGCUCCACGCCGCAGCUGACCCUCCAACUGUAUGCCACCAUCCAGGAGAAGUACAUCCUUCCUGUACGAUUAACGCUGAUGAUCAUCACCCAGAUCUCCAUCAUCUACGGCGCCCUCGUGUGCAGCGUUCUGGCCAUCCAGAUUCGCUAUGACGACUACAAGGUGCGGUUCCGCCCGUGGGCUUACCUGUGCAUGAUCCUGUGGCGAGGCCUGGAGAUCACCACCCGCAUCACCGCGCUGGUCCUCAUGAGCACGGCGCUCAGCCAUUGGGUCAUCGUGGUGGGUGUGGCCAACCUGCUGUUCUUCUUCUUCCUGCCGUGGGCCGAGUUCUGGGCCAAGAAGGGCUCGCUGACGGAGGACGUGGAGAAGAACUUCUCCAAGCUGGGCACGGCGGUGGUGCUGUGCGCCUUCACGCUGCUCUACGCCUGCAUCAACGUCUUCUGCUGGUCGGCCGUGCAGCUGGACCUCGGCCACCCGGAGCUCAUCGACCGGAAGCAGCGCUGGGACCGCCUGGCCUCGUACUACAGCGUCCGCUUCGUGGAGAACCUGCUCCUCAUCACGCUGUGGUACUUCUUCAAGUCAGACUUCUACGAGUACGUGUGUGCGCCCCUGCUGGCCGUCCAGCUGCUCAUCUGCUACAGCCUGGCCGUGCUGUUCAUGCUGGUCUUCUACCAGUACUUCCAUCCCUGCAGGCGCCUCUUCAAGUCCAACGUCCACGACUGCCUUCGUUGCAUCUGCUGUCGCCGAGGCACACCGACGAUGGAGGACGAUGAAGAAACAGGGCGGGUACGGAAGAUGACCCCGUCCUACUCCACCGCCGCCACCAUGGUGCUGGUGUCGGACGAGCCUGUGGCGUUGCUGGACCCUCAAAAUUCCCAAGUGGGGGAUCUCAACAGCAACCUGGAGCUGCAGGAGACUGCCAUCUUGGAUGACGUUACGGAACAUGCCUGACUUACUCAAAUGC